UCGACCCCACCCAGCCACCAUGAAUACCUCAGCCCCACCCGCCGUCAGCCCCAACAUCACCGUCCUGGCACCGGGAAAGGGUCCCUGGCAAGUGGCCUUCAUUGGGAUCACCACGGGCCUCCUGUCACUGGCCACGGUGACGGGCAACCUGCUGGUACUCAUCUCCUUCAAGGUCAACACGGAGCUCAAGACGGUCAACAACUACUUCCUGCUGAGCCUGGCCUGUGCCGACCUCAUCAUUGGCACCUUCUCCAUGAACCUCUACACCACGUAUCUGCUCAUGGGCCACUGGGCUCUGGGCACGCUGGCCUGCGACCUCUGGCUGGCCCUGGACUAUGUGGCCAGCAACGCCUCGGUCAUGAACCUGCUGCUCAUCAGCUUUGACCGCUACUUCUCCGUGACCCGGCCCCUGAGCUACCGCGCCAAGCGCACACCCCGCCGGGCGGCCCUGAUGAUCGGCCUGGCCUGGCUGGUUUCUUUCGUCCUCUGGGCCCCAGCCAUCCUCUUCUGGCAGUACCUGGUAGGGGAGCGGACGGUGCUGGCCGGGCAGUGCUACAUCCAGUUCCUCUCCCAGCCCAUCAUCACCUUUGGCACAGCCAUGGCUGCCUUCUACCUCCCUGUCACGGUCAUGUGCACGCUCUACUGGCGCAUCUACCGGGAGACAGAGAACCGGGCCCGGGAGCUGGCGGCCCUGCAGGGCUCCGAGACGCCAGGGAAGGGGGGUGGCAGCAGCAGCAGCUCAGAGAGGUCCCAGCCAGGGGCUGAGGGCUCCCCGGAGACCCCUCCAGGGCGCUGCUGCCGCUGCUGCCGAGCGCCCCGGCUACUCCAGGCCUACAGCUGGAAGGAGGAGGAGGAGGAGGACGAGGGCUCCAUGGAGUCCCUCACGUCCUCGGAGGGUGAGGAGCCCGGCUCCGAGGUGGUGAUCAAGAUGCCCAUGGUGGACCCCGAGGCGCAGGCCCCCGCCAAGCAGCCGCCCCGGAGCUCCCCGAAUACGGUCAAGAGGCCGACCCGGAAGGGGCGUGAGCGAGCGGGCAAGGGCCAGAAGCCCCGCGGGAAGGAGCAGCUGGCCAAGCGGAAGACCUUCUCGCUGGUCAAGGAGAAGAAGGCGGCUCGGACCCUGAGCGCCAUCCUGCUGGCCUUCAUCCUCACCUGGACACCGUACAACAUCAUGGUGCUGGUGUCCACUUUCUGCAAGGACUGUGUUCCCGAGACCCUGUGGGAGCUGGGCUACUGGCUGUGCUACGUCAACAGCACCAUCAACCCCAUGUGCUAUGCGCUCUGCAACAAAGCCUUCCGGGACACCUUCCGCCUGCUGCUGCUCUGCCGCUGGGACAAGCGUCGCUGGCGCAAGAUCCCCAAGCGCCCCGGCUCUGUGCACCGCACCCCCUCCCGCCAAUGCUGA